CGCUAGCUCGUAUGGGCAAGCAAAAAGCGCGUCAGCUGAGAGCUUACCCGCGCGCGAGAGGUUGCAGAGUACCGCUGUCUUGCACCGCAUCUACGCUCCACCGCUCCAUCGAACUGCUGCGACGCCUGCGCUCAACAGCCAGCCGAGGCGACUACACAGCGUCGACGAGCAAAGGCACGCGUCGGAAAUAUCUCGCAGCAACCAGCUACUGCAUGCCACCGACGAUGGAGCUCGAGCCCCCGCCACCUCCAAACUUCAGGAGCCCAGCCUGGGGCUGGACGAAAGCAACUCGAGCGCUCACGCUGUUGGUGCUCCUCUUCGCCCUCUACUUAAUUGUCGGUGAAACGCCAGCAACGCACGGCGCGGUCUACGAUGAUGAUGGAUUUGAUGCCAUCGACGACUUCCGAGGCGCCGUACUCGACGGCGGCUCGGGCAAAGCGGCCUUAACGGUGUACGAGUGCACGCUCGAUUCACACGGCUGCGCUCCCGGAUCCGUGAAAUCGAAGCAGCUCUCGCGCGCCAAGGCCGACGCUGUCGCUGCCGUAAGAGCCGCGGACCUCUCUCAGCUCGUGACGACCGCGACGCCUCCGCUCAGCAUUGGUCUGACGGGCGGCGUGCGAGCAGCGAUGGCGCGCGGCGACCUCGCGAGACCAGACGUCGACCGAUUCUUCGCGUCAAUACAGCGUCCGACGCGGACUCUGAAAGUGCUGUCCGGAGCCGACGAGGCUAGGCUCGAGCGCCGGGGCGGCGGAUACUGCGCACACGCGGCGCUCGGCGUCCACAGCGACCGCGUGGGCACGAUGGGCUCGGGCGGCGCCACGAUGCAGCUCGCGGCACCGGGCGACGGCGCCGUGGCGUCGCUGUCGACGGACCUGCUCGGCAUCGAGGACAGGGCCGCGGCGACCGGCGACGAGACUGCUCUCCGCCAGUGGCGCGACAAUAUAGACGCACAGCUGGCGAGCGUCGACGUCCGCGGCUUUGCCGAGGCGGAGGUCGUCUUCGGGCUCGCGAUGCACGCCUCGGCGGCGGCGCUCGCCGGUGUCGACGGUCGCCGCGUCAUGCGCAACGUGGUGCGAGAUGCGCUACAGACGCUCGUCGGCGCCGCGUCCGCGCCCGGUCCGGCGUGGGACGCCGUCGGCGCGCCGAAUCCCUAUCACCUGGACCCGGAGCUCUUACGGCGG